AUGUUGACAGGAUCUCAACAGCAACGACCAUCUGCUUCACAUCGAUCGUCGUCUGUCGAUGUACCACGUUCAACUAAUCGAUCAUUGAUACCAACAAAUUCUCGAAAUAAUGCAUUAGAACGUGUAGCACAAAAUCCAAUUCGUUUUCAUGAAGAAAAUGGAAUGAUGGUUCCUGAUGGUUAUACAUCAAGACAAAUUCGUCCAGCUGCACGAGCUGAUGUUGUAACAAUGGCUCGAGCAAUGAAUCGUGAUUUUGCUCCAAAAGCAAAAGCAAUGUUUCAAAGUGAAAUUGAUGCAGCACGUGAUGCUAUUGAACAAGAUCUUUAUAUAAGUUAUCGACAACCAGGAAAAGAUUUUGAUUGUUAUCGAAUAGGAUCUACUGGAAAAUGUUUUUGUGGUCAUACACUUAGUGAACAUAUUAAAUUUACUGGAAAAACCAAUCGUUUAAAAUGUCAAUCAACUAAUUGUGUAUGUGAAGCAUUUGCUUAUAUUCCAUCACGACCAGAUGAAGUUGGUGAAUUUUGGUUAGCAAAACGACCCGGUUUUGAUAUAUCAACAUGGCGUGCUAAAUGUAAAUGUGGUCAUGCACAUGAUCGACAUGAAACAAAAUUUAAACGAUGUAAAGAAUGUAGUUGCAGUAAUUUUAUUUCAAAUUUUUUAUGUGCUGCUUGUAAUACUCAUUGGGAACAACAUGAAACAUUUUUUGAACGUGGUAGUGAACGUGAACAACAAAAAUUACCAACUGGAGAAUUUUAUAUGCCAUUUGCUGAAUUACCAGAUAUGCAACAAGUGAUAUUGACAGGAUCAGAUGCACAUAUGCCAAGUCCAUAUUUAGAUGCAGCACCAAGACGAUCUAUUCAACAAGGUGGAGAUGUACGUGGACGAGCAGCUGCAUUACAAACACAAAAUCGUGCAGCAAUUGGUUAUGAACAACAUACAAAUCCAUCAACACGUAAUGACCGUGGUUCAAAUGCAAGUAAUAGAAGUCCUGUACGAGGUCCAUUACGUGGUAGUCAUCGAGCAACUGAAGAAUAA